AUGUCUUUAGUUAAUAAUAUUAUAAGCUAUGAAGAGGAUCAAAUAAGAGUUAAUAAUGAGAUUUCAUUAAAUGAUAUAUCUAAUAAUCCUGCAACCUUGUUAAUUGAUAAAAAAAAUUUAGAAUCUUCUUCAGUUAGGAUAGCUCAUGCUGUCUUACCCAAUGAUUUGGAUUAUGACCCUU